CUCUCUGAAACACAGACCCGUUCAUCAUGGCGCUGACGAGGAGCGUUUACAAUCUGCUGUUCAAGAGGACGUCGACUUUCGCCGUGACCAUCAUGGUGGGAGCCGUCCUGUUCGAGCGAGUGUUCGACCAGGGCGGAGACGCGCUGUAUGAGAGUAUUAACCGGGGGAAACUCUGGAAACACAUUAAACACAACUACGAGAAGGAAGAGUGACCAGUGGGUUUUGAUGCUGCUUGUUGGCCAGAGCACCCAGCCGCCGUCCCUUUCCUGACAUCAUCCUCCGACCUGGACAGCAUCCUGGUGUUGGUUCUUCUUCAGGCACUGCAUGGGGAUCUGGAGAGACUGGCUAUUACCAUCGUGAAAUAAUGAAACCAUCAAGCUGCCCCUCCUGAACUUUGUGUGUGUUAUGCCUCGGUUUCCUCACAGUUUGUAAAUGUACGUGUAAAAGUUGUAUUAAUAAAUCCAACAAAACCUA